UAAACUCUCUCAAUCAGUUGUGAACAAGAAAGGCACAGGAGAGACGGCUCAGCUGGAGAUUGCCAUUCAUCAACCUUUUGCAUGUGCAUCAAACAACUUUGACUUCUUAUCACAAAGGUCGUGGGCUCGUGGAAAUGAUUGGAUCCUUUAACAAACGUAUCCAGGACAGUCUGGCAGAGCGAAGAAGCCGCAGGACCAGAUUAGUGACCAAAGAUGGUCGCUGCAACAUUGAAUAUGGAAAUGUCAAGUACAGCAACCACUUUGCCUUCCUGGCUGAUUUCUGGACAACUUUUGUGGAGAUCCGGUGGCGCUUUGUUCUCUUCUUUUUCAUCGCCUCGUUCACCCUCAGCUGGUUCAUUUUUGGCCUGCUAUGGUACUGGAUUGCACGCAGUAAUGGAGACCUGACAUGGCAAAACCCACCAGUAGACCACACUCCAUGUAUCGAUAAUGUUGUAGGACUCACCACGGCGUUCCUCUACUCCCUUGAAACCCAGACAACUAUUGGGUAUGGUGGGCGAGCACUCACCCCUUUCUGCCCAGGUGCUGUGGCCCUCAUCAUCAUUCAGUCCCUCCUUGGAGCCAUUAUCAACUGUUUCAUGUGUGGAAUCAUCCUGUCCAAAAUCUCUUUGCCCAAAAAGAGGGCAAAGACCAUCACAUUUAGUGACAUGGCUGUAAUCAGCCCCAAAAACGGUUCGCUCUCCCUGUCAAUCAGAGUGGCCAACCUGCGAAAGACCCUGAUGAUAGGAAGCCAGAUCUACGGCAAGCUGCUAAGAACGACAAUCACUCCAGACGGGGAGACGAUCAUCAUGGACCAGGUGAACAUUGACUUCAUGGUGGACGCUGGGAAGGACAACCUCUUCUUCAUAUGUCCUCUCACACUCUACCACAUCAUCGACAAGAGCAGCCCCUUUUUCGAGAUGGCAGUGGACACGCUCCACAAGCAAGAGUUUGAGCUGGUCGUCUUCCUGGAUGGCACAGCAGAGUCCACCAGCUCCUCCUGCCAAGUGCGGACCUCGUUUAUUCCUCAGGAAAUCAUGUGGGGCUACAACUUCUUGCCCAUCAUCUCCAGAAGCAAGGAGGGCAAGUACAGAGUAGAUUUCUCCAACUUCUCCAAGGUGGUGCCCGUAGCUACAGCACAUUGCGCCUACUGUUUCCACAACAUCAAGGGUCAUCAUCACCACUCCAAAGAUGGAAAUGACAACCAGGGCUUUGAGGUGAUUGAUAUCAAUGAAUCCCCGAAUGUCACCAAGAUGUGAGACGUGUGGAGACAUGUGGAGACAAUGACUAGCAACAAACUUUAGAAACUGAGGCUGGUCGAGGCAUGUAUGUCUCAAAGACAAACUCCCAAAGACUCCAAAGGACAAACAGGGUUUGCCCUUCAGGCAGGUGGGGUGACCUAAUGGCAGACAGUGCAUUGUGCAGCAUUUAAAUAUGAAGUAAAGCAAACCUACUUAUUUGUUAUUCUUUUGUGUUUAACAGAGAUAAGAAAGCUGUCUGUUGGCUAGGAAAAUUAUUGUGAAGUAUUUGUAUGUAAAACCACACCUGCCACUGUCUACUUGAUUGACUGACCAAAAACCUGUUUUCAAAAGGGAGGCCAGGUCAUGCAAGAUGGUGAAGCUACAAUUCAAAAACAGGCAAAAAAACCCCCAAAAAUCAGUUUGAAUAUACCUUCAGCCUUGCACAUCAGGUUUACUGAGUAUGGAGAGGCAAAAAAAAAAAAAAAUUGUCCUGUACAUAAAUCUUGCAAUUACUUGAAGGACCAGUGAUUGGGGGGCAUGCUAUUGUCAUGGAUGAUAAAAAGACAAAGUCGUUGUUCAAUAAUUCAUGCUACUGUAGGCUGUCGUACACAAAGAGACACUCGGACUUGAGUCAUUAGAGUGUUUUAACUAUUCAGACACAGAGGCACUAUAGCAAAGGAUUGGGCUCAGGCACCAGUCUUUUUAAACAGUGCGUGACGUAAUUGCGGUUUUCUUUUUGAGUGAAGACAUUGUGAGAGAACAAAGCAGUAAGGAAACACUUAAAAUAUGGUUGCAUUCAGUGCCGACUAUAGCAUGAAAAUCAAAUCUGUUUGUAAAGUCUUUUUUUGUAUUUCAUCUCAGGGGAAAAAUACACUGAAAUAAAGGCUAUUUUUGCAUUUAAAAAAAUGUCUGCACUGCAUUAUUAUUAUUAUUAUUUGGUGUCUAACGAAGCUGGAACUUCAUAGGAGGACUGUUCUCAAAAAGGUCAGAGCAACAUAAUGACAGGUGCCAACCCUUAUCAUGGCUUAUCAUCUAUAAACAAAGUGAAGUUGUGACAGCAAACAGGGGCCUAAACACAACAGAGUGGUAGUGUUUGGAAGGUGAGAGCUGUUGCUUAUUGUCCACUAUUUUGCCUGCAGAUUCUGAACAUGAAACCAGAACUCUCCAUUUAGAGAAAUAACAGCACAUACUGUAUGCUAGCAUGGAGCUUUGACAGGUUUUGUUAAGGCGGACCUCCCACUACGCCCUCUCUAAUGAACUGCAUAUGCUGAGAGUCCUCUGUGUGUGUCUGCACCCGGGGAUGUUGCUGUAGCUAAUCACACAGCAAUAGGCAAA